AUGGUGGACCGUUUAGUCAAUAGUGAAGCUAAUGCUAGAAGAAUUGCAAUGGUGGAGAACUGCUUCGGCAGUUCGGGGCAGCCCUUGGCGGAACAAGGUAGAGUUUUGGUUGGAGAAGGAGUCUUGACAAAAAUGUGCAGAAAGAAACCCAAAGCAAGACAAUUCUUCUUGUUCAAUGAUAUCUUAGUUUAUGGAAAUAUUGUGAUAAAUAAGAAGAAAUAUAACAAGCAACAUGUUAUACCUCUCGAGGAAGUGAAACUGGAGUCUUUGAAAGAUGAAGGCCAGUACCGUAACGGGUGGUUAAUACGCACAGCGUCAAAAUCGUUUGCGGUUUACGCGGCGACAGCGACAGAGAAAGAAGAAUGGAUGGCACACAUAGAGAAAUGCAUUGAGGAUCUCUUAAGAAAAAGUGGUAAACAGCCUCCAUCGGAACAUGCUGCUGUUUGGGUGCCUGACAAUGAGGCGGCCAUCUGUAUGCACUGCAAGAAAACACAGUUCACUGUUCUAAAUAGACGGCAUCACUGCCGCAAGUGCGGCUCGGUAGUCUGCGGUCCGUGCUCGUCGAAGCGGUUCGUGUUGCGGACGCAAAGCGAGAAGCCACUGCGCGUCUGCCUCCAGUGCUACGACGAGCUGAACCGCGAGAAAGCAAGGUCUAAUCAGGGUCAAACGUUAGGCCCCGGAGCAGCGAAAGCUGGUGGUGAUGGAGCCGGGUCAGGUGGUGACUCAUCCCAAGAUGAUGACAGCGAUGAUGAUGACGAACGACCAGUCGCAGAGGACAAACACGAUGAGCCGAAGUUCUACGGCGACGGUGAAAAGACUGAGGAUAAUACCAACAACCAUUCGUCCAAGGAAACAACCAAGUGA